AUUUAGAUAAAAUCAAAAGUAUAAGGAAAAUAUUGAUUUUCAGGAGCAGUCAUUUAAGCGUCGAAAACCAUUAGAAAGGGUGCAAUCUUUUGCUUCUUUAUUGUCACCAGUAAACCAUGUGAAAAAAGUUGGGAAUGCUCUUCAGCGAUCAUUUAGUGCAAUAAAACUAUCUCCAUUGUCACUGAAAUUUUCCACCCCAGAACAUCGAAGAUCUAUGGCAGCUAUAGAAAAUUCUUCCAUGAUAAAUUUGUCUUGCACUGAUCCUAUAAAAAAUACUACUAAAAGAAAUGCUUCAAAUGAUUAUAAUUCCUUCAAACAGUCUUAUUACCAACCACCAAAAAGACGUUUGUCAUGCUUAUGGUUAGAAACACUUUCUCAUGCAACUGCAAAAUUUAUGAAAGAGAAAUUGACAAGACAGGAAUUAUAUCGUCAGGAGGCAAUCUAUGAAUUAUUUCAAGGUGAAAAUGAUAUUUUAGAAGAUUUAACAUUAGUUAAACAAAUUUAUUAUGAUUCACUUCUCUAUCUUGAAAUUUUAAAUCCUGAUGAAUUGCAACAAAUCUUUGGUUCUUUUCAUGAGUUAAUUCCUCUUCAUCAAACAUUGAUUAAAAAUAUGAAGUGUAGUCAACAACAUGAUGGAACUAUUCAGAGCAUUGGUGAAAUAAUGUUAAAUUGGAUACCUAAUCUAAGAGCUUAUGAAACAUACUGUUCAAAUAUGAACAGAGCAAAAGAUGCAUUAGAUGAGAAAAAAAUGAAUGACAAAAGAUUCAGAGAUUUUUUGCAAAGAUGUUUGGAGUCACCAUUUAGUAGAAAACUGGAUUUGUGGAAUUAUUUAGAUAUUCCUAGAAACAGACUAGUAAAAUAUCCUUUGUUACUGCAAAGAAUAUUAAAACAUUCACCAGAAGAUAAUAUAGACAAGUUAUUAUUACCGAAAGCAAUUUCUGAAGUUGAAAAAAUUAUACAAUCAGUAGAUCAGUGUACUGGACAAGCAGAUUGUCAAUUUGUUUUGGAAAAAUUAUAUUUUGUACACACUCAGCAGAAAAACAGUUUUCUAGAAGAAUCUUCAUCAGUUUUAUGUUCUGGUGUUCUCAGAAAUAAUCGAGGGACUAAAUUGCAUGCAUUUUUAUUUGACAAUGGAUUUUUAUUAUCUCAUCAAACUACAAGACAUAAAAAUUUGAAAUAUAAAACAAUGUAUCAAGUUUAUCAAAAUCCAAUUCCUAGACAUCAGCUUGUAGUAACUGACAUCAAAGAUGGGAGUAUAAAAAUAGGAGGAUCAUUUCGCAAUGCUUUUACUUCUAACACUAAUCUGGUAUGUAUUUUGGAGUGUUUAGAACGAAUUAAUUGGAUUUACAUUGAUUCAUAUGGAAAUGCCUUGGAUUUCGCCUACUGUUUUCGAACAGAUUAUUGACAAAAACCAAGGUAUCACUGUAUUUUUCCUCUGUUAUGUAUAACAGAUCCAGGAAAGUAAAAAUAGGAGUCCACGACUUUGUUUUCGAUAUACGAAGGUAUUACACUGAUGACAGUCCUUGCUCUGAUGCAACAAGUGCGCCUAACGGAAAAUAAAUGCAAAAAAUGAACAAAGCAAUCAAUGGCAAUUGCUUUGUUCUUGGAUCAUUUCUCUGUACCUGGCUAGUGCAAGGAUCAUGCCUCCCAUGGCCUGCAGGUGUGAGGAUAUCCUUUUUUUAUGGCAGCAAGUGCAAAGUUCAUCGUCUGUGUCCAUCGGGUACGGUACAAGAAUUGCCUCUUCUGUGCCUCUAAUAGAUGCAGAGAUUGCUUCUUUCAGCUCUGUUUCAGUUCUAUUGCAAUAUGACAGUCACGCAAUGUCCUAGUAUGUUGUACUUAUGUUACAGUAACUAUCUUGUCAAAAAUUAACUUGAUCAAUGUUCAGUUAUAAUAUCUUCUAAUUUCCAAAAUAGACAUUAAAUGUUAUUUGACUUUUCAUUUGGAAUUAUAAUUUAUAGAUUAAUUUUUUUGUAAACACAAA